AUGUAUCCACAACAAUUUCCUUCAAAUGAAUCUUCAUCACCGCCACCAUAUUCAAGUAUAUCUGGUCAUAAUUCAUUACAACAAAAUGCUCCUGUUGAUAGUGAAGAACGUUUAAGAAAAUUUCAAUAUUUAGUCAAUCGAUAUGAAAUUAAUCGAAAUUUUGCAACAAGAUUAAGAGCAUUGGAAGGAUAUGAAAUAGUAUUUAUUGUUGAUGAUUCCGGAUCGAUGAAUACACCGUUAGGUGAUAUCACUGGUCCAUAUGAUCGUAAUCCAACACGAUGGGAUGAACUUCGACAAACAGUUUCAAUUGUAGUUGAUAUUGCUUCUGUUUUUGAUCCAGAUGGAAUUGAUAUUUUCUUUCUAAAUCGUGAACCAAUGCGUCAUGUGAAAAGUUCUGAAGAAUUAGUUCAUAUAUUUGCUGUCCAACCAGAAGGUCCAACACCAAUUCUUCGUGUACUUCGACAUAUUCUACAAGAAAAACAACUUGAAAUACAAGAACGUAAAUUAUUAAUUUUAAUUGCUACUGAUGGUGUACCAACAAAUGAAAAUGGACAACAAGAUAUAAAAUCCUUAGAACAUGCACUUCGUCAUGAACGAAAUCCCAUUAAUCGUAUUCCAGUAACAAUUAUUGCCUGUACAGAUGAUAAUGAAUGUAUUGGAUAUCUAAAUAAUUGGGAUAAAAAAAUACCAAAUCUUGAUGUUGCCGAUGAUUAUAAAUCUGAAAGACAAGAAAUUCAAAAAGUUCAAGGAAAAAAUUUUCCAUUUAGUUUUGGUGAUUAUGUUGUUAAAGUACUAAUGGGUGCUGUUGAUGAUUGGUUCGAUACACUUGAUGAACGUCGUGUAACCGGAAAUGCUCCUUCAAGUCGACGAACGAAUCGUUGUGUGGGUGGUACAUGUGCAGAUGUAACAUGCAAAUUUGAUGAUACUCGUAGUGAUCAACGUGAUAAGUAUGAAAAAUUAAUUAAUGGUGGUGAAUGUAUUGAUCCAAAAUGUUAG